AUGGUUGAGCGUUUUCAUCGCCAGCUAAAGACUGCCCUGCGUGCUGUGGCCGACCUAGGAAACUGGUCGGACAACCUUCCUCUUGCACUCCUCGGCAUCCGCGCAGCUCUGAUUUCGGAUCUGGGCUGUAGCGCAACUGAAUUGGUUUUCGGCAUUACCCUCCGACUGCCAUGCGAGAUGAUCACCCCAACCUCUCGUGGCGUCGACGAGACUCCUGACAACCUUGUGCACUGUUUGCGCCAAUUUAUGCGCUCGCUUUCCUCGGUUCCACCUCGAACUCCAAUGACUGAGUCUUAUGUCGAAAAAGACUUAGACAACUGUACUCAUGUGUUCGUCCGGUGUGACCGUGCGCGUCAGCCGCUGAAAUCACCAUACGAAGGACCGUUCCGCGUGCUCGCGCGCAACACCAAGACCUUCCGGAUCCUUUGCAAUGACAAGGAGGACGUGGUCAGUGUCGAUCGGGUCAAGGCUGCUGUUGCAGAGGAGCCGCCGGACCUGCCACAAGAACAAAAAAUCUGCUGA